GAUCACGUGACCACCCAUUCAAAAUGGCAGCCCCCAUGGCUGAUACGUAUGUCACUUUUGAUUGCUCGAGGCAAAGGAAGUUAAUUUGACAUUGAUAUGCUUAAAAAGAGUGAAUCUUCCAAAACCAGCAUAUCAAGAGCCCAACAGACUUUUUAACAUGAAUUUCAUUAUACUUCGGCGUAAAUAUAGGAUUGUUUUGCUGAUUGCCUUCGCUGGUGGAAUUUAUCUGUGUUUUCAAAUAUUCUCUAUGAAAGUGCUCAAUUUUUCCCAUCAAAAAGAUCUUAAAUCCAGAGUUUUACAUGCAGGUAAAGUGAUGCAAGAUCCACCAGAAAUUGACAAUUAUGUCCCUAGUGAUGAUUCCAAGGACCGUGAAACAAACAAUGAGCAUGACACUGAUGUUCAGAGUGAAAAUAAAUUCAAUGUCAUAGACACCCAUUAUACAAUUAAUACAGAACCAAAAGUACUGGGAAUUUUGGAUUCCUUAUCUGAAAAAUAUACGCCGCAAAAUGGAAACUUUCAGUGUUUGAAUUCAAAGGAGUCCAUUCCCUUUAGUUCAGUGAAUGAUGACUACUGUGAUUGUGAGGAUUCUACAGAUGAGCCUGGGACGUCUGCCUGCCCGGAUUCCAAGUUUUACUGCACAUUCCAAAACCAGGAUCUUGGUGUACAAUACAUCCCUGGAUCUCGGGUCAAUGAUGGGGUGUGCGACUGCUGUGACGGCAGUGAUGAAUGGAGUGGCAUUACCGUUUUCUCCGGAGUGAAACUUACAGAGAAGCGGCUUAAAGGGACACUCACCCAUGCUCCGUGCUCCAAUACCUGCCAAGAAGCCAAAGAUGUGGGGAGGGAGGAUGCUAAAAUACGUGAACUGGGCAAGAAAAUCCGUCUGGAAUAUGUGCAGAAAGGGAGGGCUUCCAACAAUGCAAAUCUCUAUGGACAAGACGGUGCCUUCUUCAAGCUGUCCCUGGAAUGUUUUGAGUUCUCCAGCCCUGAGUACAAAUAUAAACUGUGCCCCUUCAAGUCCGCUACACAGCAGAAGUUUCCUGCACCUGCCACAAAUAUAGGUUCGUCGCCAGUGUGGAAGAUGCGACUGCCAGGCCACUAUGAGCUCAAGAUGGACAAGGGGGACCCCAGCAAUUGCCCAUUUGGGGUUUUCAGACAUACUGUGAUACUUUUUAUAUGUGGACUCACUGACAAAAUAUUAGAAGUGAGUGAAAAGGAGCGAUGCUCGUACAGCAUGAGGUUCGCUACCCCUGCUGCCUGCUGAUACAUAUGAGCAACAGUCUGGAAAAACAGGGCUUAAUGCAAGUGCGUUUAGUAUUGUGCCAGAUUAGCCUGUGUAAUCUGCAGAAUUUAAAAUUUACUGUGAUCUAAGGCCUUAUUAUGAAAGCAUUUGAUCAGAUUUUUUAAACAUUUUUCUGGAUUCAUUUGAGUGUUUAUUUUCGGUGCACUAAAAUUACAGAUGUGUUUGUUGUUGACAUUUCUUAUUAAAAUUGUACAUUUUUGCAAUUAUGUUAUAAUUAUGAGUUAUUUAAUAAGACUUUAUUUGGAAACAAAACAGUUAAUUAAAUAUAUUAAUUAAAGGAUUCAGAUCAAAUUUAACUUUAGAUGCCUUGUUAAUACCACUCAUGAUCUUUGGUGAAAUGUAAAGUUAAGGUUACACAUAAAAAACAUUGACAAUGAUUGCCAUUAAGUAAAUUCCAAACGGGAAAUUGUGCACUUAUAUGUGAAAUCCCUUAUUAUUUAAAACUCUAUAAAAUGUGUUAAAUAAACAUAGUUAUAUGCAAGUAUUAUUCACUUUAAGUCUUUAAGUAUUAAAUAUUUUUAUUAUCAACUAUGAUCGUUUAUGUAAAUAAAUGUAUUUGAUAUUUACAACUUGUUGUAUACAUGUACAUACAAUUAAAAUCUUGCUGUUAAAUUGCUUGGAACGGUAAGCAUUUGGCUUUGCACUUGUCUGUGCUUAUGUAGGACAGUACUAACAGAAUCUAUUGUUAAAGCUUCUCUUGAAUUACUAUAUAGAUGUCAUUUAAAGUUCACACAUUUAUUACCUUAAUGUGAAAAAUGAUCAUUAAGAAAGCAAUUAGGGCUGCAACGAGGUGUGGCAGAAUUAUGGCCUUUUGUCUAUUUUUCCAAUAUAAAAUAUACAUUGUAUAAGCUUUUGUUUUCAACUUCUCCUUUGUUACUUUUUGAAUCACUUCCAGACUUUUACGAUAUAAAUUACAUAAAUGUGUAGAUGAUUGCAAGAAACGAAUUUUGGCUGUGACAUUAGUAGGGCAGACAUAAUAAAUCCUUCUUGUUUGUUUAAAUGCCAUAGAAUAUAUAGUUUCCAAAUUCUGUGUUUUUAGCUCACCUGAGCACAACGUGCUCAUGGUGAGCUUUGUGAUCGCCUUUUGUGAGUCGUCCGUCGUGCGGCGUCAACAUUUUGCCUUGUGAACACUCUAGAGGCCACAUUUAUUGUCCGAUCUUCAUGAAACUUGGUCAGAACAUUUGUCCCAUUGAUACCUCAACUGAGUUCGAAACUGGGUAAUGCUGGGUCAAAAACUAGGUCACUAGGUCAAAAAAAGAAAAUCCUUGUGAACACUGAAGAAGUCACAUUUGAUGCCCAAUCUUCAUGUAACUUUGUAAAAAUGUUUGUCUAAAUGAUAUGUUGGUUGAGUUAAAAAAAUGGUUCCGGUCCGUUGAAGAACAUGGCCACCAGGGGACAUGGCAGUAUUCCUUAUAUGGCUAUAGAGAAACCUUGUGAACACUCUUGAUGUCACAAUGUUUGCCCAAUCAUCAUGAAACUUUGUCAAAACAUUGGUUUCAUUGAUAUCUCAGAUGAGUUCGAAAAUGGUCCAGAUCGGUGAAAAAACAUGGCCGCCAGGGGGCAGGGCAGUUUUCUCUAUAUUACCUUAUAUGGCUAUAGUUUAACCUUGUUCACACUCUAGAGGCCACAUUUAUUUUCUGAUCUUCAUAAAACUUGCUCAGAAGAUUUGUCCCCAUGAUAUCUUGGAUGAGGUAAAAAAAUGGUAACCUUUGUUUAAAAAAAAUGGCUGUCAAGGGGCGGGGCAUUUUUCCUUAAAUGGCUAUAUAUCAGGGUUCUCAAUAAAAGCCGGCGUCCUGCCAAAUCAGCCGUUUGAAAUCAGAUUUUGGCCGGUUGAAAUUCGCUCAGAUUUGGAAAAUCGGCAAUUGAAUUUUCGAAAUUUGCGGCUCUUUUCGGUAAUUUGGUUACUAUUUGCUAUUAAGCAAAGACGUCGAUUCAUUAUCUCCCUUAACGCAUAACAACAACAACAAUGAAAAGGUGCAUAUUGGAAUCGGUCGAAACGCAGUAAAAUAUUUUGACGUUCUGUUCAUCACAUGUUGAGUUAAAAUUUUACAAAAGUAAUAAAGAGCGUUUUCCAUUUAUCUUUAUUAAGUUAAAAAAAAGCUAAAAUUCAUAAAAUGCGCACAAAAAUGCUCAAAUUUAAGUGCCUGGUUGACCACUAAAAUUGCCAUAAAAUGGCCCAAAAUGCAGGAAAUCAAGUACUCAAUUUUAAAAUUUUCAGGGGGAGCAUGCCCCCCGGAUCCCCCUAUAGUAGGCCUGUUGGUUUCACAUUUGGGCCUGUUAGUUCAAAAGUUAUUGAGAACCCUGUAUAUGGCUACAGUUAAAUCUUGUUAACACUCUAGAGGCCACAUUUAUUGUCCAAUCUUCAUGAAAUUUGGUCAGAAGAUUCAUCCCAAUAAGAUAUUGGAUGAGUUCGCAAAUGAUGCCGGUUGGCUGAAAAACAUGGCCGCCAGGGGGCGGGUCAUUUUUCCUUAUAUGGCUAUAGAAAAACCUUGUUUACACUCUAGAGACCACAUUUAUUGUCCAAUCUUCAUGAAAUUUGGUCAGAAGAUUUGUCUUAUUGAUAUCUUGGAUGAGUUCAAAAAUGUACCGUUUGCUUGAAAAACAUGGCUGCCAAGGGGCGGGGCAUUUUUCCUUAUAUGGCUAAAAAUGGCUAUAGUAAAAUCUUGUUAACACUCUAGAGGCCACAUUUAUUGUCCAAUCUUCAUGAAAUUUGGUCAGAAGAUUGGUCUCAAUGAUAUCUUGGAUGAGUUUGAAAAUAAUUAUGUUUGCUUGAAAGGGGUGGGGCAUUUUUCCUUACAUGGCUAUAGUAAAAUCUUGUUAACUCUCUAGAGGCCACAUUUACUGUCCAAUCUUCAUGAAACUUAGUCAGAAGAUUCAUCCCAAUAAUAUCUUGAACGAGUUCAAAAAUGAUGCUGGUUGGUUGAUAAACAUGGCUGCCAGGGGGCGGGGCAUUUUUCCUUAUAUGGCUAUAGUAAAACCUUGUCAACACUCUAGAGGCCACAUUUAUUUCAUGAUCUUCAUGAAACUUGGUCAGAAGAUUUGUCCCAAUAAUAUCUUGCUGACUGCACAGGCUAAUCUGGGACGACACUUUACGCACAUGCAUUUUGCCUAAUUUUCUCAAAACAAGGCUCAAAUGGUCUUUAGGAAGGACAUUAAAUAUUUGUUGCGACCAGUUUUUUUCAGAAACAUGGCCCUUUGUCUGUUUUUCGACUAUACAAUAUGUAGUCGCACAACUUUGUGUUUUGUAACUCCUCUUAAUUUACUAUUGAACUACGGGUUGCUAAAAAUGGCAUAAUUUAAACCAUGUAUGCCUAGCAUCUAGAAAAAAAGCCUUGGCAAACAGCGUAGAUUGCAUGAUGCAGCGUCUCAUCAGGGUCUGCACUGUUUGUUUAAAGGAUUUUCUGUAAGAAAUAUUCUAAGUUUAGAAAUAAAUAUUCUAGACAUCCCUAAUUUUGGAAAUAAAUUGAUCCAAUUUAGAAUUGAUGGGAGAGCCCACUAGGCAUAAAUGGGUUAAUGACUUUGAUAUGUAGAUGAUCGUUAAUGGAUACAAUUGGCUGUGACAGGUUUUGCCUGAAAUAAGGCUCUUUGCAUGGGUUUUUUAUGCCCCCUGAUCGAAUGAUUGGGGGUAUAUUGUUUUUGGCCUGUCUGUCUGUCUGUCAUUGUAUGUGUGUGUCUUUCUGUCCCAAAACUUUAACCUUGGUCAUAACUUUUGCAAUAUUGAAGAUAGCAACUUGAAAUUUGGCAUUCAUGUGUUUCUCAUGGAGCUGCAUAUUUUGAGUGGUGAAAGGUCAAGGUCAUCUUUCAAGGUCAAAUAUAUGGCUUCAAAGUGCAGUAGGGGGUAUUUUUUUACAAAAACAGCUCUUGUUUCUGUGUAAUGUACUAAAUAAGCCGCGCUCUGUGAAAAUGGGAUUUAAUGCAAUUGUGUAAAGUGUCAUCCCAGAAUAGCCUGUGCAGUCCACACAGGCUAAUCAGGCAUGACACUUUCCGCCUAAACUUGAUUUUUCUAAGGUGAGACUUUCUGUAAACAAAAAAUACCAUGAAAGUGUAAAGUGUCAGUCCCUGAUCAGCCGGUGCAGUCCGCACAGGCUAAACAGGGGCAUGCAUUAAACCCCCUUUUCACAGAUAUGGCCCAUAUAUUAUAGUCCCAAAAGUUAGGGUUUGUAACUCAUCUUUAAUUACUCUAUGUAUCUUGUUUAAAAUUUCACAGUUUAAUGAUCCUAAUGUGUAGAUGUUCAUAAAGAAAGGAAUUUUGGAAGUGACAUGCUUUUGUUGAAUUAUGGCCCUGUGCGUGUUUGUUCAGAAUAGAAUAUAUAGUUCAAUAAUUGCCUUCAACUCCUAUCUAACUGCUCGGCGGUUUUGCUCAAACUUUCACAACUGAAGGUUUAUGUGAUUGUUAUGGAGGAAAUUUGGAAAACAACCAGCCUUGGUCCUCUAUCCUUUGUCAGCUGUAGAAUAUAUAGAUCUAGUUGAUUUUUCUGUUGACAAAUGUGGGUAGUGUGGGCAUCAUUGUCUGUGACACAUUUCUGGUUUGUAUUUGAAGUGAAAUUAAUGCACAUAUCUGUACCUGCUGCAAAGCAACAUAUCCAGUUUCAAUUUGAAUUAUACAACAAUUUUAAACUCUGUUUUCUUAAUCGGAGGGGCAGAUUUGUGUAAUCUGUAAACUAAGGCUGCUUAAAUGAAUAUUAAGAUUGCAUUUAUGUUUUCUCAUUUUUCGCGAAUUCUUAUUGGAAACAGUUUGAAGGAACUAACAUUAAGAUAUCUAAAAUAUAUACCUCAUGUAACUUAAACUAAGCUAAAUAACAGACCUUCAACUUUGAAAAUAAUAAAAAAAGAAUAAUACUCACCUCAAGUUUACUUCUUCAAUUAUUUUAAACUAUUGAUUUAUUGCAAGUUGUAUUUAGAAAUGUAUGCAUUCAAACAGGUUCGUAAACAGUUGUGUUAUUUGUGACAUUUACAUUAUUUUGCUCUAUUUAUUGCUACACUUCGUGUAUGAGUUUGUCUUUUUUACGUAUUGUGUUUUUCCUAUGUGGUUUAAACAGAUUUGUUAAAUUUGUAUAAGGUUUACACGAAUACGUAAGAUGUGAUAUAUAUGUUUUAUUGAGUAUUAAAUUGUUCGCUUAAGCUCAAUUAAAAUUUGGUUUUAGAUUCUAAAAUUGAUUUUAUGUUCAUUAUUAUUCUAGUUUCAUUGAUUAUUAAAACUAGAUCUAAAUUUUUAUUAUGCCCCCAAUAAGUUGGGGCAUUAGACUUUGCGCUUGUCUGUCCAUUCAUCCCAAGGCUUGUUUUUGCAACUACUGGGUGUUUUUCGCUCGAACUUUCGUAGUCGAAUGACUUUAAUGUGCAUAUGAUUUUACAGAAGGAAAUUAUGGCUCAACGGUUUUUGAAGAAUUAUGUUCCUUUGUCUGUGUUUUCCUUCUUAUAAUAUUCAGUCCUUAAAUUGUGUGUUUUCAGCAUCUCUGUAACUACCAGGUCAAUGUAGCUCUAGAUUUAAUUGUUGAAUGAUCUUGUUGCAUAGAUGAUCAUAAAGAAGAUAAAUUUUGCUGAAACGAAUUUUGAAAGAAUUAAUGCUCUGUGCCUGUUUUUUCCUUUUAUGGAAUAUAUCAAUGUAGUUCCAAAAUGUUUGUUUGCAAAUCCUCUUUUAUUGCUGCGAGGAUUUCGCUCAAACUUCCACAGUUUAAUGACCUUAAUGUGUAUAUGAUCUUAAAGAAAGGAAUUUGGGUUGCGACGAGUUUCGGUGGAAUCAAUAUGACCUUGGUCUGUUUUUUUUCCCAGAAAGAAAUAUACAGGUCGAAUAUUGCAGGUUUUCAAAUACUCUAAUUGCUUGACGGUUUUCCUAAACUUUAAAAAUGCUGAAUGACCCUAAUGUGUGGAUGAUUGUUAAGAAUGAAGUUUUGACUGUGACCAGUUACGCUGAAUUAUGGUCGUUUGUCUUUUCCUCUAUGGUAGAAUAUAUGAGUCGCGUCCUGAGAAAACUCAGCACAAUCCAUGUGCGUAAAGUGUCGUCCAAGAUUAGCCUGUGCAGUCCGCAUAGGCUAAUCAGGGACAACACUUUCCGCCUAAACUUGAUUUUCGGUAAGGAGGGUAUUCCUUGAAACGAAAAAUACCAUACAAGCGAAAAGCGGACUGCACAGGCUAAUCUGGGACAACACUUUACGCACAUGCAUUAAGCCCAGUUUUCUAAGAACGCGACUCAUAUAGUGGAUGUGCUGUGUUCAAACGUGUUUUUUGGGAGCACCAGUGUCUAUGACACAGUUGUACUUUAUUUAUUUUUACAUGUCUAGCAUGACUUUUGAUGAUUUAUUAUUUCAUACUGAUAGAAAUAAAACAUGUUGAAACGA